CUUUGUUACCGCGUGCAAAAAAUUCAAGUCGCCACGAAAGCUUUGGGACCUUAUAAUUAUAAGAAUAAGAGACUAUAAUCAUAUAAUAAACAUAUGCAUGCAGUGUCUGUUAAUCAUCAAACCAGCAGCUGCAUGCAUGUGUAUAUAUAUGUUCAAGUAAUUUUCAAUCCAAAAGUCAAUCCAACCUGAAAGAGUGUAUCAAUGCAUGCAUAAUGGACAAAGAUGUGGUCUGUAAUGCUGCGUAUAAUCUUCACAGCAGAGAAGAGGAGAAUACUUACAAUUCAGUAGUGGUAGAUAGCACUCUCCCACCAGAUAACAAGGAAGAAGACCUCGACCUAGCAGCAGGCAGAGAUGUAUCGGUCAAAGAGAAGAAAGUACGAAGGAAAUGCUAUGCUGUUGUCACCAUCAUAGCUCUAGUGAUGGCUGUCCUUUCUCUGAUAGUGGCUUUGGUAGGAGUGAGCUAUGUUCCAAUAGAGUUGAACAACCAGCAAGGUCAACUGAGCAGUUCCAGCCAGGGAGUGGAAUCCCAGAUUAAUCGAAUUCAAUUAUCAAAUGAGCAGUGCAAAAUUCUGAUAACUGAUUUGCAUACUAAACUAAACAACUCAAACCGAAUGUUUCAGGCUCAACUGAACCACUUGAACCAACAGAUUCAAGUUAUAUUCCAAAACAUAAUACCAACACUACGAUUGGGUACAUUAAGUUAUCCAGUCAGCUCGUGCAGUGACAUCCCUCAAUACCAACCAUCUGGAGAAUACUGGAUUGCAACCAACAGUACUAGCUCUCCGGUUCAGGUCUACUGUGACAUGGACCGAACAAGCUGUAGCUGCAACACUACAGGAGGAUGGAUGAGGGUAGCCAACCUUGACAUGAUUGACUCCAACCAAAACUGCCCAGAUGGAUUCAGACUGGUGAACAGGACAACACCACCAACGCGUACUUGUGGCAGACCUGGACCAGCAGGAUGUGUGUCUACUACCUAUCCAACUUAUGGGGUGGAGUACUCUCGAGUUUGUGGGAGAGUGAUUGGCUAUCAAGACAAGUCUCCAGAUGCUUUUGCACCGUACUUUGUCAACACAACUGUAACUAUUGAUGAUGUUUACGUUGAUAGUGUGAGCCUAACCCAUGGACAGUCGCCUCAUCAGCACAUCUGGACAUUUGCUAAUGCAAACGAUGAAACUAAAUCUGAUCAUUCUGUAUGUCCCUGCACAAGACCUGACCGCAACUACACUGGAGUUGUACCUCCCUUCAUUGGUCAAAACUACUUCUGUGAAACUGGAAGUCGACAAGCAUACAGUUUUAUCUUCUACUCUGAUGAUCCUGUCUGGGAUGGUCAGGGAUGUGGGAGUAACAGUACUUGCUGUCAGUUUAACAAUCCACCGUGGUUCUGCAAGCAACUUCCUCAUCCGACUACAAACGAUAUCGAGCUGAGGAUUUGUGGCAAUCAACACACAAGCGAUGAAGACACGCCUCUUGAAAUUGUUGAGAUCUUUGUUCAGUAAAAACACUGAAGACUCAAUAAA